AUGUUCGACACAAUAUGCACGCUCCCGCUGUCGUCGGAGCUGUUCUCCCAGGCACUUCACCCUACCGCACCUUUGGUGGCUGUGGGACUUAGCUCCGGACAUGUUGCAACACUGAGACUGCCGGCAGUCGAGGGCGACGAUGAGGAUGAGGCUCAAGCUGAGGCUGCAGCAACUGGACGCGGCCAGAUUGAGGCUGCAUGGCGUACACGCAGACACAAGGGCAGCUGCAGAAGUCUCGGCUACAGUUUGGACGGAUCCACUCUCUUCAGCGCUGGUACCGAUGGCAUCGUCAAGGGCGCCGACAGUGUGACUGGUAAGGUUGUUACCAAGAUCGCUGUCCCUCUUGAUCCCGCGACCGACGACGUCGACGAGCCUUCAAUCCUGCACGUUCUCAGUCCCCAGACCUUCCUCCUCGCAACUGACAGCUCUGCUCUCCACCUCUACGAUACUCGCGAAGCCAACUUCUCUACCUUCUCCUCCACUCGUCCUUCGCAAACACAUCAUCCCCACGAAGACUACAUCUCCUCCUUGACACCCCUUCCCGCGUCCGAGACCAGCACCUCUGGCUACAGUAAACAAUGGGUCACAACUGGUGGCACUACCCUCAGUGUGACUGACUUGCGUCGCGGCGUUCUGGUCCGCAGUGAAGACCAAGAAGAGAUCCUACUUUCAUCCUGCUUCGUUUCUGGCCUGCCCGCCCGUAAGAGCAGUUCAUCAAAGGGAGAAAAACUUGUUGUUGGUGGUGGAGAUGGUGUGAUUACUCUCUGGGAGCGUGGAGUCUGGGACGAUCAAGACGAGCGCAUCACCGUUGACCGUAGUCCUGGCGGUGGUGAGAGCUUGGAUGUUAUACGCCUACUGCCUCAAGAUGUCGGUCCUGGCGGCAAGGUCCUCGCAGUUGGUAUGGGCGAUGGAAAGGUCCGCUUCGUCAAGCUCGGCCCCAACAAGGUCAUCUCAGAGAUCACACACGACGAGGUGGAAGGUGUCGUGAGCUUGGACUUCGACGUUGCAGGCAGACUGAUCACAGCUGGUGGCAGUACCAUCAAGGUCUGGCAUGAGAUGGUUGAAGAGGACCAGCAUGCCUACGUGGACGGAGAUCUCAAGAGAGAGGUCGAGGACAGCGAUGCAGGCAGUGAUGAUGACAGUGACAUGGAUAGCGAUGACAGCAGUGAUGAGGAGACUGGUCGUAAACGCAGAAAGAAGAGAAAGCGUGCAAAGGGCAAGGACAAGUCUGGAGGCGCAAAUAGAAUGGGCUCCUUCGCUGGUCUGGACUAG